CCUAUACCUCAGACCCAUAUUAUUCCGCAUUAUGACUGCUAAUGCUGGAACCACUGCGCAGUCUUACUUCCCACUAGCGCAGGAGCGGGAAUUCUUCAAGUACCUUCCCCAUGAUACCAGCCCUAGUUCUAGUUUUAAUUUCACCCAUUGGCAGCAUGGAUGUCAACCGUCUCGAGACACUGCCUUGGUCUCUUUCGCUCAGCUAGGCGCCUUCCGACUAGGCGCCCAGAGAGCCCUAAUUUCGCUCUUCGACCGCGCGUACCAACAUGUGUUGGCUGAGGCUACACCUACCUUGAGUUUGGUCGGGGGCCACGUCCGUGAUGAAUGUGACCGUUUACGAUUAGGAUGCUGUUCUUUUCCCAAGGACAGGGGUCUUUGCCACCUGGUCUCCAGCUUACCAUCCCUGGAACACGACCAGGUCAGGUGGGUGAUGAACGGGAGCGCCGUGGUAGUGCCGGAUGUGACGGAGGACUGGUUCGAGUCCGGCCGGCUGUUGGACGAGUUAUCCGACGUCCGUUUCUACGCGGCCGUGCCCAUUAUCAGUCCGCGCGGUUUUGUCAUCGGCGCAUACAGCAUCUGGGACGCUACGCCCCGCCCCGAGGGCAUUGAUGAGCAUUCGCUGCAGUUCCUGAAGGAUAUGGCAUCUACUGUUAUGGGACAUCUGGUCACGGAGCGCGAGUACCACAAUAGCCAGCAAGCCGAACGCAUGAUUGUGGGCCUGGGCAGUUUUGUCGAGGGCAGAGCCACCCUGCGCCAUUCCUGGCGUGAGGCUAAUGCUCAAUAUGCAGCCUCGGAGCAGUCCGGGGAGACGGUCGAGGGCCAGUUGAACAUGCGACAGCAGGAAUUGCAAGAGGCGGCCAAGGGUACCGAUCAGAAAACUCUCGCGUACCGGGUUCCCAGGCGUGGGGGAGACGGCGCCCUGGCGGUGAACAACCAGGAGCCGGUCAGACGCUCCGACGGCAAUAGGCCGGAUCAGUCGUCACAGAAACCCAAGCCAGCCCGAGGUAUUCUUGCUGGUGAUGAAGCCCUGGAGGAAGACAUGCUGUCAACAAGCAUCAAGCAUGUCUUCUCCCGUGCGGCCAACCUAAUCAGGGAAUCUAUUGGCGCCGAAGGGGUCGUGUUCCUCGAUCCGAACAGUGAGCGAUUUGGUGACUUGGUCUAUAAUAACAGUCGCAAGGUGACAGGCUCCGGCAAGGAAACAGGGACCAGUGACGAGGAGACUGACUCCGGUUCAUCUUCAUCAUCCCGACGCCAGCCAUCCUCGGCCUCGGAUGAGGAUGGGGAACCACAUGGUCCUUCGGCUUGCGUCUGUCUGGGAUCUUCCACCUCACGGGUAUCUAGUAUCAAUAGCAACUCAAUGGUGGGAUCCGAGAUCGCGGCGAAGAAGUCCCUGCUCACAUCGCUGCUCCAUCGGUAUCCUCAGGGCAAAAUAUUCUCCUAUAAUGCCAAUCGAGCGGUCUCAGACGACAGCGACUCCAUCUCCCAGGCCACAUCUGGAUCCGAGAAAUCAUGUGCUGAGGGUAACGCUGUCCGUAUUAAGAAGCAGAAGCGGCGGCCCGGCAGCAAACGAAGGCGGAAGCCUGCCUUCCUGCACGACGCCGAACAUCUAAUCAAUAUCUUUCCAGAUGCCCGGAACAUCAUGGUGUUGCCCGUGUGGGACACGGACAAGAACAGAUGCUUUGCCGUUAACUUGGUCUGGACCAACAGUCCGGAACGCGUUUUCACGACCGAGAACGAGCUCGUGUACAUCUCCGCCUUUGCAAACAGCAUCAUGACGGAAAUCCGGCGCCUCGAUGCAAAGGUUGCGGACAGGGCCAAAACCAAUCUUGUUAGCAGUAUCACUCACGAGCUCCGCAACCCACUUCAUGGCAUUUUGGGCACCUCCGACAUCCUGAGUGACACGGCGAUGAACGCUCUCCAGCAUGGCAUGGUUCACACAAUUGAGGCCUGUGGCCGCACUCUACUGGACACCAUCAAUAACCUGCUCGAUUUCACAUUCAUCGACAAAUACCAGAAGAAACGAUCUCCCUUCAGGACACGACAGCGCGAGAAACCAUUGUAUGCUGACGUGCAGCUGGACCAGGUGCUCGAGGAGGUGACGGAAUGCGUCUUCGCAGGCUAUAGUUUCUACAACCAUCCGCAAACACCGCCCCCAGCCUUGACCGAUUCCUCCUCACGAGCAGCAGACGAUGCACCAUCAAAACGUGCAGGCCCCGAGAGCAAUCGAGUCACGAUCAUCUUCGACAUCGACCAGGAGAGCGAGUGGGGCUUCUACACGCAUGCCGGUGCCUGGCGCCGCAUCCUAAUGAAUACUUUCGGCAACGCCCUCAAGUACACCUCGUCAGGCUUUAUCCAUAUCAGACUCACGUCGUCCCGAACGGAGAAGAAAAAGAAGAAGCGCCCAGUCUCGGAUUCUGAGGAUGAAGCCGAGCAAUAUGAGGUGACCCUGACUGUCAAGGACACCGGCAAGGGCAUUGGCCCUGAGUACUUGCAGAAGGACCUCUUCACCCCAUUUAGACAAGAGAACGCGCUCGCCUCGGGGAGCGGUCUGGGCCUGAGCAUCGUCCGUCAAGCGGUGGGAUCCCUCGGGGGCUCUAUCGAGGUCAACUCGACCCAAGGUGUUGGUACCACGAUGACUAUUCGUACUCCACUUACCCACCACCCUGCACCCUCAGACGCGUCGGUGUUCAAGACGUUGCGGAGUCAUGUUGAGGGCAAGUCGGUUGGCCUAUUAGGGUUUGGGUCCUCGCUACGCUCGAAGCGCGAUUCCACGCUGUAUUCGUCUCUGGAACGAUUAUGUCGUGAGUGGUUCGGUCUAAACGCUACCACUGUAUCUCCAGUACAGGGCGAGCAUAAACCAUUCGACUUCUACUUAGCUGUUCAAACCGAGCUCGACAGUGAGGACCGAGAGGGUCGCAAUAUAUUCAACUUAGGCCAGCAUCUAACGGGCGACAAUGUCGACAAGGGCUGUGGGUCCCCCGUCGUGGUAAUCUGCCAAUCUCCUGAAGAAGCACACAACAUGUUCAUCGCGGCCAAGAGCCGCGGCAACGAGUCACCCAUCUUCGAGUUCAUCAGCCAGCCCUGCGGGCCGCGCAAGCUGGCUCGUGCUCUUGACUUGUGCAUCAAGCGCCGGUUGGAGCAACAAGGAGAACAGACUAGCAGCCCUGAUGAGCCCACACGUUGGGUCGAGAUGCCCGAGUCGUCUCAUUUGCCGUUGAACCUUAAUCCCAGCGAUCCUCCAGACGAGCGCAUGAAGAUUAGCAAGAGGCCUACUACCGAUACUAUGGGGGAUGGGAGUCGCAGUCGCAGUGGAACCAACCCAUCGUCGGCCGACAAGAAUGGUGCGGCGGAAGAGCGCACGACUGGGAGAUCCGUGUUGCUGGUGGAUGAUAAUGACCUCAACCUUCAGCUACUAUCCGUGUACACGAAGAAGAGUGGGUACGACUAUCUAACAGCGAGGAAUGGCGUUGAAGCUGUCGAUACAUACAAGGCCCAGCCAGGCCGGUUCGGUGUCGUGGUAAUCGACCUAUCCAUGCCCAUAAUGGACGGUUUCGAAGCGGCCCGCCACAUGCGGCGCAUUGAAAAACAGUACAAGAACAAGUCCCAGCCCGAGUCCAUCCGGCCCAUGAUCAUCGUAGCCUUGACGGGUCUGGACAGUGCGGAUGCGCAAAAAGAGGCGUUUGGGUCGGGCAUUGAUACGUUUCUUAUUAAACCGGUUAAGAGGCCUGAGUUGCAGGGACUUUUGAGGCAGAUGGAUGUAACAUAAGUAGUGUUUGUGUUUAGCUAUUAGAAUGUGGUAGUAAUUGAUUAUUGUCCG